GAACUUAUGAAAUUAGUAAUUAGUGCAUAACUUUUACUUCAUUACUCGUACAAUUUAUCGUACUUGUUUGGUCAAACGCUUAACUAUCGGGCGUUUUAUGGUAAAUAUCUUGAUUUAACCCAACAUUUGCUCAUAAAUAAUAAAUGUUAUUGUCAAUCUGACAACUGUCGAAAAACUAACCUCUGCGUAUGCGCUGUCUUAAGUUUAAAUACAUUACAGAGCUUUGAGACAAACCGUUUUUGUUUGCUAAUAUUACAAAUUAAUGCCGCCGAAAUUAUGGUAAAGUGUUUGAAGAUGGUGUAAAACUAUUCUGUUUUUAAACGAAAACAGAUUUACAAUGACUGAGGACACCAAGAAGUGUGAUAUCUUGAAUGUUUCGUGCAAACCUCCUGAAAUUCACGACUUUUGUAUUAUCAAACCCAUAAGUCGUGGGGCGUUUGGAAAAGUGUUUUUGGGUGCAAAAAAAACUAACAUGGACGUCAUGUAUGCUAUUAAAGUGAUGAAGAAGACGGAAAUGGUUAACAAGAACAUGGUGUUUCAAGUAGUCAAUGAAAGAAACGCUUUAGCCCUGACUAAGAGUCCUUUCUGUGUGCAGCUGUUCUAUUCUCUUCAAACGUCCACGUCGAUUUACCUAGUGAUGGAAUAUAUGGUCGGAGGCGACUUGAAAUCCUUGUUAAGCGUGUAUGGAUUUUUUGAUGAAGCGAUGGCUACAUUUUACAUUGCAGAAGUUACUUUAGCAUUACAAUAUCUUCAUAGGCACAACAUAAUUCACAGAGACAUUAAGCCUGACAACAUGCUUUUAUCUAAGAGUGGUCAUGUGAAAUUGACCGAUUUCGGUCUAUCGAAAGUGCAUAUUCAUCGUGACUUGGAGAUCACCGAUUUUGAGAAUUGUACCCCAAAUUUGUGCGCCAGAACUCCUGGCCAAUUGCUAAGUUUGACGUCGCAUCUAAGCUUUGGAUCAGGGAACUCUAAGCAUGUUGGUGACCCUCAUAAUAACAGUUCAUUUUUAUCAGAAGAAUUAUCAGUGUCGAAAGACAGUUCAACUAUUGGAAAAACUAGUGCAUAUUUAGAAAAAUCCGCAGACAUUCAAGUCAGGAAACAUACAGGAGUAUCGGGUGUUCAUUUUUUGUCAGCUGAUAAUCAUACACCACAAACCUCAACAGAUUGCUCAACGAGUUCAACAUAUUUUACAUGCAGUUCCAAUACACAGACAUCUUCACUGAAGACGGAUGAUAGUUGCCAAGCUAGUGACGUGAUUGAUAACAGCACAUCACCCUUGAGUCGUAGAAUUCCCAGCAGAUUAGGACUCUAUUACAAGGAGAGGGAGGCAGAAAGGAAAAGGAAAUACCGCAGCCCCAGCCCGAAUCGCUCCAGAAAGACUUACCUUAGAACGGGACUAACUGGUGAAAUGGAAAUUUUAAGACUUGAUGCAGCAUCGCUUCCGAACGGUGUUACAUUUUCAACUCCCGUAUCUAUCGAAAAGUCUCGAAAAGUCAAAUCUACGCGAUUUGAAAUACCACCAUUGUCCCCAUCAGAAAAAUCCACCAAGGAAGAUGAUUCGAGUCAAGUAAGUCCUAUAGCAGCUAAUGCAACAACACCCAAAACUCCUAUGACACCAUAUCGUACUCCUAAAUCGGUAAAGAGAGGCCAAUGGAGCUCGGAUCAGCGAAUUUUAGGUACCCCCGAUUACCUUGCACCAGAAUUAUUGUUGCAAAAUGGCCACAAUGAGGCUGUGGACUGGUGGGCGUUGGGUGUAUGUUUUUAUGAAUUUGCUACAGGAAUUCCGCCUUUUAACGACAACACCCCACAACAAGUGUUCAAAAACAUUUUGGAACAUAACAUUGAUUGGCCGACUAAUGAGGAAGCUCUAUCUGGCUGUGUGGUAGAAGCUAUCGAGAGCUUGCUAGUGCACGAUCCUGCACAUCGCGCUACCGAUGUUGAAUUGAUCGUUAUGGAGGCAUUCAAAAACAUUGACUGGACUAAUUUGCUCAAUCAAACGCCGCCCUUUGUACCAGAUCCAUGCGAUAUUACUGACACAGCAUAUUUUCAAGCUCGGAACGAGCUGCUUAAUUUUAAUUUGUCUAAUUUUGAUUUGUAACAUCCCAAGCAUUUUUAUUAUGUAAGUUCAAAAAAUUGAUAUAACUGUUAGCUAUAUGUACUACCAAGUGAUUGCAAAAUUUUCAGAUAGUUACAUAUGUUUUGUUUUUGUUCAACUUUUGUGUAAGAGCCAAAAUACUUAUCUGCUGAUGAAAAUCUAGUGGUUUUACUAAUUAUUUAAUUGACAUUAAUAAUGGUUUUAAUGAUGAGUUUGGUCGCCUUAUUCCAGGAUUUUACUCGUAAAUCAUGUGGCUUUAAAUAUGUUAGUUUGAAUAUAGACUGCAACUGAAUGAA